GAUAGCAUUUCGAAGACAUACAGUUCGGGUUAUCUUCUCGCCUUAUUCCCAUACAUCUCAUUUACCACCCCCACCUAUACUUCCACCAUGUCUUCCCUUCGUCUCGGUAGCAUUGCACCAAACUUCGACGCUGAGACCACUGAAGGUCCUAUCAAGUUCCAUGACUGGAUCGGUGACUCUUGGGCUAUCUUAUUCUCCCAUCCCGGUGAUUUCACGCCAGUCUGCACCACUGAGCUAGGGGAAGUUGCUCGUCGCGCAGACGACUUUGCCAAACGCAACGUGAAGGUCAUCGGUAUCUCUGCCAACGGCCUUCAGGACCAUCACAAAUGGGUUCAAGACAUCAAUGAAUUCGGUGCCAAGGUCGGCCCCACCAACGUCAAAUUCCCUAUUAUUGCAGAUGAGGACCGAAAGAUUUCCACUCUUUACGACAUGUUGGAUGAGCAAGAUGCUACUAACCGUGACGCAAAGGGGUUGCCCUUCACCAUUCGAACUGUCUUCGUCAUAGAUCCCAAAAAAGUCAUACGCCUAACAAUCGCUUACCCUGCUGCCACUGGCAGGAACUUCGACGAGAUUUUACGUGUCAUUGACUCUCUGCAACUCGGUGACAAGUACAAAGUCACUACUCCCGUCAACUGGAAGCAGGGUGAAGAUGUUAUCGUCCACCCAUCAGUAAGCAACGAUGAAGCUAAGGUGUUGUUCCCUGAGGUUACGUUCCACAAGCAAUCUUACCUCAGGACAGCUCCUGCACCAGUAUAAAAAAAUAUAUUAGUGUGAAGGGGAUUUUGUAGUAUAUGUAAAGGUAGUGAAGUUGUAUGUUAGAGCUGUCACGAUUAUCUUUCUUUUGACUUGCUGGUUCCAUACUGAAUUCACAUAGCAUC